GCGAUAUUCAUUGUCUGAGCAGAGCAGAAAUGCAGUCCACGACGACCACGCUCAAGCCAGCGAGCCAGCCAACAACAACCUCGACCUCGACCUCGACCCCAACGCCAAGCAAUCCUACGAGUGCGAGCAGCAGCAAGCAGCAGACCACCAAGCAGCAGCAGACCAAGCCGCAGCAGGGCCAGCAGCAGUCCAAGGCAGCGGCGCCGGGCAAGCUCGUGUUCAAGACAUACACAACGUCGCCGUACAGCUUGCAAGGCCCGCAAUGCAUGGCAAAGCAAGACACUGCAGAGAUAUUGGAGCUGCUGAAAAGAUAUACGCUGCAGUUCCCGCCAAAGUCAAACUCAAGGCGGUCGUUCCUUUAUAUCGGUGCACAAGCGUGCUUUACUCACUUUCGCAAGUGUGCUGCGAUCGUUGUCGCUCAGCAAGUCCAACCAGACGCCAUUUUUCGCCAUUUAGCCACCAUGAGCCACGUAACCUCAGUCCCAAUGCUACCCUUGGAUUGCGACAGUGCGACGCUUGGCGCGAGUAUCGGACUAAACUCUGCCAUUGUCGUUGGUAUUCGCUCACCAUCGGCAAUCCCGAAAGAGAAACAACUUCCGUUAGAACUCCAACAAAUCACGACAAAAGCGCCGGCUUGGAAUAUUCCGUGGAUUCCAAAACUGCCACAGCUCGAUUCGAGUCAUGCAUCAAAACCUUCGUUAACUUCCGACAAUGCCGUUGUUGCAGCCCCCACAGCUGCCGCAACCUCGGGCACGCUGCAACCACUUGCGCUUGUUCAUGUACUUGCAACCUCAAAGCCAAACAAGCAAUCCAAGAAGGUCAAGCGAGCAGCCCGCAAGACGGCAGAGUUGCAACGAAAAACAAACACUCCUGCUACAAGCACAACACCCAAAUCCAACCCACGUACUGGGCGACCCUCUCCAUCCGCACGAAGAGCCGAAUUGAAUGCAGUGCAAACUCGUGCACGGCAGUCACUUGUUAAUUCCAAUCGCCCUGGUCUUGCCUCCACACACGCUGCAAAAGUUGCUUCGGCGGCCAAGAUUAGCUCCAGUUGGUUGGAGUCGCUGCGUGCAACCCAGCGCAGUUGAUUGCUUCGAGCUGCAUUCGUCAUUGAAUAUGUAUCUCUCUGCUUCCAAUUGUACAUGAUGGUUGACAAGCACCAUUUGCUAAACUGUGUACAAUCCUACAAACCUUGCUCUGACC